AUGGCACCGAUGAACGCGCCCCACUUGUCGAAAUACAACUUCAGCGAUGAUGUAUCGGAUAUUGUGUUCGCUAUCAGCAAAAUCACGGAUGCCAAGUGGCCCAAACAAGUACAGUCAGACCCAUCACAGAGGAAUUACAACUUAGUAUGCGAGUUCCACAAUACACACGGUCACAGAACCGAGGAUUGCCACCAAUUACGAGAAGAAGUGGCUCGACUACUCAACAAAGGGCACCUUCGGGAGUUCCUUAGUGAUCGAGCUAAAAACCAUUUUCAAGACAGGGAAGCGACCAAGAAAAAUGAAGCAAACGGGCCAAAACACGUCAUCUACAUGAUCAUGGGAGGCGUUGAUACCCCGCAGGAGCCCAUGAUGAGGAAAACAAAAAUAUCCAUCACCAGGGAAAAACGGACUCGGGGAUAUAUCCCCGAAGACGCCCUCACGUUCGGUGAAGAAGACACCGAGGCUCUAUCCCAACCCCACAACGAUGCCCUGGUAAUCUAUUUCCUCGUAAAUUCUUUUUAG